UCGCCGGUCACGCGAAGCGCGGCUGCGCGCGGAGCCCUGUCCUAGUUUGGGGCCGGGAAUGGGAUGGGGUCACGUGACGUCGGGCCGGGCCAUCCAUCAAGAUGGCGGCUGCUGGGGGAAACUCCUACGCAUUUGGCUCCAGGGUCAGCCUCUUGCUGCCCUCUCACGGAGGCGCAGGGCUACCCCCUCCCUCCCAGCCAACCAACCGCUGCUCAGUAUUGCUGUUGGUAUUUCGAAGGAGACUCCAACGCCAGCAGAUGGAGAGUAUGAAUCACUACAAUAGUGCAGGCAUUGACUUUGUUCUCAACUGUCAAGAUUUGAACUAUUCAGAUCCUGCUCCACAUUUCAGAUGUGAUCCCUACAUUGAAAUAAUUGAACAGCCAAAGCAGCGAGGUUUCCGCUUUCGUUAUGGAUGUGAAGGACCAUCUCACGGUGGCUUGCCAGGAGUCUCAAGUGAAAAGAACAAGAAAACAUAUCCAACAGUGAAGAUACACAACUACACUGGACCUGUCAAAAUUAUUGUACAGUUAGUGACCAUUGAUGAGCCUCCACUUCUACAUGUACACAGCCUAGUUGGAAGACAAUGUGAAAAUGGAAUCUGUGUAAUUCAAAUGGACUCUGAGGACAUGACUGCUAGCUUUCCCAACCUUGGAAUCCUUCAUGUCCCUAAGAAGGAUGUAGUAGCAAUUAUAGAACAACAGCUGAUUAAGUCAUGGACCUCAGAUGCCCAAAAUGGGAAUGCUUCACUUCUUAAUGGAAAUGAUGAAAAUGAAAUGGAAUUGCAACAGAAACAACUAAAGAAAGAAGACAGGGAAAGAAUCCGCCAGCAAGCACAGAAGCAGACCAAGUAUAUGGAUCUCAGUGUCGUUCGUCUGAUGUUUACUCCAUACCUACCAGGAAGUGAUGGCAAAUUUACACGUAGACUUAGCUCUGUUAUGUCAGAUCCCAUCUAUGACAGCAAAGCACCGAAUGCAUCAAGUUUGCGAAUAGCAAGAAUGGCUAAAACAGCUGGAAGUGUCCUGGGUGGGGAUGAGGUCUUUCUGCUUUGUGAUAAGGUCCAAAAAGAUGAUAUUCAGGUACGCUUCUAUCAAGAAGAUGAGAGUGGCCAUAUUUGGGAGGCAUUUGGAAAAUUUGGUGCAGCUGAUGUUCACAGACAGUUUGCCAUUGUUUUCAAGACGCCAAAAUAUUUUGACAUUCACAUUACAAACCCUGUCUCAGUAUUUGUCCAGUUGCGUAGACGUUCUGAUGGUGAAACCAGUCAACCAAAACCAUUUAUAUAUUACCCACAUACAAAGCACAAAGAGCACAUUCAGAAAAAAUGGCACAAAUCUUUACAUAAUUGCUCAGAUAACUUUGAGGGUACACCAGAAGGUCACGCAGGAAUAUAUAGUGAUGAUCUGGGAAGGGAAAUGACAGUUUUAAAAAGACCUGGAUUUUUCAUGUCACCUUCAUAUACGGAAAAAGAUGAGAAUACAGAAGGUUUACAGUUUCCUGUGGAUAAUGACAUAAUGACCUACUUUCCUGCAUGUGAGCUGCCAAGUUACGGGGAAAUAAAAAAGCCAUUGGCUGUUUACAAUCACAUGGUAACAACACAGGAUGCCAGGAACAAUGUAUAAGUUCUCCAUCAGGUUGGAGAACUUUCGUAGUAAUAAUGUUUAUGCUCACAGUUAAAUAGGAUCAAUGAAAUAUAUAGUAAUGCUACAUAUUUCAUAACUCAUUGAAAACAGACAUUGCAUGGUUAUAUAGCAAAAUAAUAUAUAUCUUUUUUUUACAUACAGUUACGUGUAAUUAAAUGGGAAUACCAUUUUGUGAGACAUUAUUGUAAAUUGCAAAAAGA